AUGGAAGCGUCACCCAACCAUCGAUUCCCGCUCCGGAAUCGUUUCCGGAACCGGAAGCGUCCGGAAUCGCUCGGAAACGCAGUGGAAUCGCGUUUCCUAGAAAGCAGGUUUUGGAAGCAUAUGGGAAGCUAUGAAUCCCAUUUGGAAUCGCAAAAGUUAAUGAAUCGGAAACGUAACGAAAGCAGGAACAAUUUCCUGUUGAAUUCGGAUUUAGCGGAGACCGAGAGCUCGCCCGGUGUAUCGUUGUCGCUGAAAAUUUCUCAGAAAUCACUCGUUAAGUUGAUUUCCGAUUGCCCUCAUGUUCUUCGAUCGGAGUUCCUGAGGAAAUGGAUAGUUCCUAUCUCGGAUUGCGUAAAAUUCGGCCUCUCUUCCUCCGCGAUUACGAGCAUUCUCGAAUAUUCCAGUAGAAUCGGAAUCGGUCCUGAGAAAAAGAUUGAGUUUUUGGUUGGAAUCGGCAUUUCUCGAGAUAACAUUGAGAGGUUCUUUCACAUUUUCCCUGAGAUUCUAGGGAUUGGUACUGAGACUAGACUUAAGCCAUUGCUUGAUGAAUUCAAGAAGAUGGGAUUUGGCAAUGACGAGAUGAAGAAAGAGAUUGCAAUAGAGCCGAGAGUUCUUUGCUGA